AUGCAGGAUUGCAAGAUUGGUAAAACAUGUGGUGUUGACGGUUGCACAUUGAAGCACCAUCCAUUGCUGCACGCGCCCUUUAAUACAAGAAACAACAAUUCAGACACGUCAAGAAGACAACCUGAAAAUGUAAAUUGUCUUGUGCAAAAUAACAAGACUAUCUACUAUCAAGUAGUGCCGAUUACAAUAAUCGGCGAAGACUGCGAAUAUAAAACAUUCGCUUUCUUUGAUACAGGUUCGUCUGUAAGUUUGAUCAAGGAACAAGUUGCAAAUGAUGUUAAAGCAACAGGUUCAUGUGUUCCGCUAACGCUUGCCUGGACCAACGGAGAAGUCCAGGAAGAACGGAAUAGUCAGGUAAUACAAAUUAAGGUCCAAGCCGAUAAUGGACAAAUCUUUACCAUUAAAAACAUGAGAACAGUUGAUGAACUGAAUUUACCUGUUCAAUCAAUAGAUAUGAAACAAUUAAAAUCACGAUAUCCUUACCUUCGUGAUGUAAAUAUGCGAUCAUAUGAGCAAGCGGUACCCACCAUACUAUUGGGGCUACCUCAUGCUUAUUUAUUUAAGGCAAUAGCAGAACGCUCGAGGGGAAAUAAUGAGCCCAUUGCCAAACAAACAAAAUUGGGAUGGACUAUUUUUGGUGGUAGCGAAGUUAAUACUAACACCAAAAACUUGUUCUCCAUAGAUGAAGUUAUUGAAGAAGAGAAGUCAAUUAGAGAAAUGAUGUCGAAUUACUUCUCAACAGAAGCCUUUGGGGUAAAAGUCCCACAAAGCAACCUGAUUCCGAAAGCGGAUGAGCAAGCCAUUAAAAUAAUGGAAAACACCUUAACAAAAACUAACCAGGGCUAUGAGAUUGGCCUGUUAUGGAAAAAUGAAGACGUGAAAUUUCCAAACAGCUUUAAAACUGCGUUGGGACGUCUUCUAAUACAAGAAAGAAAGAUGGAUAAGGAUCCAACGCUAAGAGAUUGGUAUAAUGCCAAGAUAAAAGAAUAUGUCGAAAAGGGAUAUAUGCGUAAAUUAACAGUUGAAGAGUAUAUGAAAAGUACUCCAAAAACAUUUUAUCUCCCUCACUUCGUGACUAUAAACAAAAAUAAGCAGCCGCCGAAACCAAGACUAGUAUUCGACGCAGCUGCAAAAAUGGAGGGCGUUUCCCUCAAUUCUCAAUUGCUAUCAGGACCAGAUAUGACUGAAUCAGCCUUAGGAAUCAAGAUACGCUUUAGAGAAGCACCAUUCGCGAUUUCAGGCGACAUUCAGGAGAUGUUCCAUCGAGUUGGAAUAAUAAAAGAAGAUCGGCAAGCCCAACGAAUCCUCUUUAGGGAAAGUUCCAAGGUUCGUUUGGACGUUUACGAGAUGCAAGUAAUGACGUUUGGUGCGACAUGCUCGCCAGCUUGCGCGCAAUUCGUAAAGAACACAAACGCGAAAAACUUCUUAAGCGAAAGUCCUGAUGCAAUAGAAGCAAUUAUCAGAAAUCAUUAUGUAGAUGAUUAUCUAGAUAGCUUCCAUGACAUAACUAAUGCGACAAGAAUAGUUUCAGAUGUAAUUCGCAUACAUGAUGGGGCAAGCUUUAAAAUAAGAGGCUUUGUUUCAAAUUCUAAAGAACUACUCAGCAAAUUGCCGGCUGAUAGAAUAUCGCCAAUAAAAGAAGUCUCUCUUGAUGAAGAGCAAAACUUCGAGAAAAUAUUGGGCAUGUAUUGGAAUACACAAUCCGAUACAUUUAAAUACAAAUUAAAAAUACCUGAAGCAGUCACAUUAGAACCAACGAAAAGAGAAGUUUUGUCUUUCAUUAUGAGUGUGUAUGACCCAUUAGGACUCAUAUCUCACAUAACGAUAGAGUCAAAAUUAAUAAUGCAAGAUUUGUGGCGCACUGGUAUUGAAUGGGAUGAUAAAAUUCCCGACAAUUUGAAUAAAACUUGGCAAAACUGGAUAAAAAAGCUAUCGGUACUUGAGAACUUGAGUAUUCCAAGAUGUUACUCUCUUCAACAAAAGGAAUCUAGAAGAGAACUUCAUAUAUUUUGCGACGCAUCAUUAAAGGCAUACGCAACUGUAAUAUAUAUGAGAACUAUGUCACAUUUGCAAACUGAUGUCACUAUAGUCGCCGCCAAAGCUAGAGUCGCGCCUACGAAAAUUAUAUCGGUGCCGCGACUAGAGCUGCAGGCAGCAGUUUUGGGAACUCGUUUAUUAAACACAGUACAAAGCGAGUUAAGAUUAACUAUCCACAAAACAAUCUUUUGGACUGAUUCGAAAACAGUCUUGAGCUGGAUAAAAUCAGAUGUUAGAAAAUAUAAGCAGUUUGUGCAAUAUCGAGUAAGUGAGAUUCUCGAUAGUACAAUGGAAUCUCAAUGGAGAUAUAUAGAUUCCGCAUCAAACCCUGCUGAUGAAGGAACAAAGGUAAUUUCAUCAGAGUCUAAAUUUAUAGAAGGCCCAUCCUUUUUAAAACUAAAGGAAUCCGAAUGGCCAACGAAAUUCAAUGAUAUAUCAAUUAAAGAGUCGUGUCAUGAAGAAUUACGACCCAUGUAUACGCUAAAGGAAAUCGAUAAGCCACGGUUCGAUAUUUUAUGUAUUACUUGGUGCUCUGAUUGGAAUCGGUUGAAAAGAGCACUCUGCAUAAUUAAAAAGUUCGCGCAAUUUAUUAAAAGUAAAAGGCGAAACUUACCCUUUAAUAACAUAAUAACCGCUUCUGAUAUGCAGCAAGCUGAAGAGUUUUUGAUUCGAACCGCUCAAUGGAAUGCGUUUCCUGAUGAGAUGGUGGAAUUGCAAACUACUGGAACGGUUGAUAAAAGCAGUAGGAUUCGAACUCUCACGCCGUUUGUGGCAGACAACGGUAUAAUGAGAUCAGAAACACGUUAUAAAAAUACGAAAUUUGUUCCAUAUGCGGCUCGAUAUCCCUACAUUUUACCAGAUAAACAUCAUGUAUCUGAGUUAAUACUGAAACACUAA